UCAGAAACACGAGAUAUCUUUAGUCUUGAGCUACACAAUUUCAUACAAAUAACAGCAUUGGCUAGACAGAAUUUGCGUUCUGCCAAAACGCACAUUGAUAGAUAGAUAGUGAUAAAACAGGAAGGGAAGAGAGUGCAGCUGAUCUCUCAUACAUCAGGCUCAAGGCUUAUCACAAUGAAGACCAGAUUAGGCUGUCUUUCCAAAAAGUCGGACUCCUACAGUGACUUCUCGGAGUUCCUGCCUCCUGCUCAUGAGACCACAGCAAGAUGUCUGAAACUAUCAACAGAUGAAGUUGUUCGAUGGUCUGAGUCAUUUGAUCACCUUCUUGCUCACAAAUAUGGGCUUGCUGCAUUUCGAACAUUCCUCAAGUCUGAAUUCAGCGAUGAAAACAUCGAAUUUUGGAUGGCCUGUGAGGAGUACAAAAAAAUCAAGAGCUCAACCAAACUUGUGUCAAAAGCAAACAAGAUAUUCAAGGAAUUCAUUGAGGUUCAGUCACCAAGAGAGGUGAACAUUGACUACCGGACAAGAGAGAAGACCAAACUGAGUCUGUCAGAUCCAACUCCAACCAGUCUCAAUGAAGUCCAGGGUAAAAUCUACAGUCUCAUGGAGAAAGACUCUUACCCACGAUUUCUCAGGUCCAAAAUGUACCAGAAUAUUGUCAACAGGGCACAUGCGCAAGGUCAGCGGAGGUCUGUUUGACCAAUACUGCAGACCACAGUGGACCAAAAACUGGACCUAUAUGGUAUAUCAAUCUUUGUCCCUUCGACACCAUAUCAAUACUGUGAAUAAGCAAGAAUGAAAUGACCUGCUUGACUGUUUUCUGUACACCUGUUCCAAGCAUGCAAUUUCCAUAGAAAACUCGUAUCUCUCUGAAUUGCAUUAUAUAGUGAGGAGACUCCUGAGGGACAUGUCAGAAAACUCAUUUCCUAAUAUAAAUCUGCAUCAACAUACGUAUUUAUUGCUGUAUAGGUCAUUUUAAAAAUUGUCAAGGUGAUAUAAAAUAGACAAAUAAUAUUUUAUUGAAACUGAAUAGAGAUAAAUGAAUUGGUGUCAUCUUUUGGGAUGUGUUCUAGGAGAAAUAGCACUUACCUUUUUGUCACUUCUUGUCAAGGUGUUACUGUGUCUCAAUUUGGAUAUUUUUAUUUGUGCAAUACUAGUGCAAUGCUGCAUGGUGCCAAGAGUACUUACUGCAUGCAUGCAGUGUCAGAUUGAAAAGAAAAUGUGAGAUUUUUAUAUUGAACCUAUUGAAUAUUUCUUUUUCAUUUGUUUCAUCAAAAGACAAAAAAAUACUUUAAACUGUAUUUUUGUUUUGAAAAUGUUGUCUUCCUCCUUUCAUUUACAUGCUACUACUAUGGAAACUAUUCCUGGUGCUGUCAAAAAGAAAAAUAGCUGAUCACUGUGUCAGGUUACUACAGAGAGUGGAGCAUCUUUAAUACAUCACUGAAAUUGAUAUUGUUUUUCUAUUGAUUUUUUAUUUUAUUUUAUGCAUUAUUCAAACCAUCCAAUUAUUCAAAUCAGUGUUUUUUGUUUUAUAAAUUUUGUGAUUCAGUUUACAGUCAUGCCAUCUCAAGGUACUUUACAUUCCAAUUAAAGUAAACCCACUUUCUUUGUGAGCUAGAAAGUCUUGUAUGCAAAUUUUGGUAGUUUCUGUAGUCAAAAUAAACAAAAUGACCACCUGUUAUCUGUGGUUAUGCCAAACUACUUAUUUAUGAAUUCAUAUUAGAUAAUCAUGUAUUUUCAACUGGAACAAUUGUAUAAUAGUGAGAACAUUGAGCAGAGUUUAUUGAUAUUUUUCUUAAGCGUAGUUAUUCCAAAAUGUGGAGGUUUGUUAUUUUUGUAAAACUUUUACUUUUUGCAGCAGCAGGACACAGACUCACAAACAAUGGUCAUUGAAAAUAUUUUAUUUUUAUUUAGGUUGGUCAAUACUGAUGGGAACAUUAAGUGUCAAUACAUUAUAAUUACUGACAAAAAUAUUACUGAAAUCCCUAAUCAAAUAAAAAUGCAGUAGAUUUAAAAUCUAAAUUUGUAAAGUGUGAUUUGCAUUCAGUAAUUGUGGCAUUUAGCUCACAAUAGUAAAAGAGUGGUUAAAGUUUUCUUGAAGACAUUAAGAGAAUUUGACAGGAAACAAGACAGUAGUUCCUGAAAACAUACCUAAAGAAAUCUAGCAAAAGUGUCAGGGUGACCCCGCCGGACCACGCACAGAGUAAAAAGCUGGUGAGGUCCAAAUGACCCCAUUUCUUAAGACAACAGGAGGGUUAAGGGUCUGAAGAAAGUUGUCAUGUCUGAGCACAAAAUGAUGAGUUAACCAAUUUAUCUUGAGUUACUUCAGUCAGUAAAGAAAUGGUAAACUACUGAGGGAAAACAGUAUAUAUAUAUAUUUUUUUUUCAAGUGUUGCAUUUGUUGUGGGUGACUUACUAGGUGUACUCAGAAAUCAGAAUCCUUGUCUUUUGUAUUUUCACCUCUUUUUAAUAUGGAUGUUAUCUAGUAACAGCAUGAGGAUACUCUUUAGUUUUUAUGUAUUUCUUUUUUAUUAUAUAUAUUUGCUGUCAUAUGGAUAGACAAUAAAUGACAGUUUAAAAAUAAAUCCAGAGUAGUGUUGUCGAUGAGACUUUGCUCCAUUACGUGCACUGUGCUAUAAAAACUAUAUUCUUACCCCUGAAAUAACCAGAUUAAAACUGCUUUCUUUACAAUAUAUGUACCAAAUACCCCAACAUGUUUAAAGAUGUAUGUGUCCGAGUUUCACAUGAAUGUAACCUCCCCGUAUAUUUUAUGAAUAAAAAUCAUAAGAGUAUACAUAAA